AUGCGUAGGAUAAGUGCGAUCCGAAAGGCAAUAGGAGUUACUCUCCUCUUGAUUGCAUCACUAUUCCUUAUACAGCGGCCCCGCAGCGAGGUCAAAAUACCAUACAACAUUGUUCAAGAAUUCAAUAGGCUUGCAGGACCAGGAUCACAGCGGCAGGCCUUGGUUGGCUCUCCGUUCGCAGAUUUCAACGUUCAUAAUAGCCAAACCUCAUAUGGCACAGAAAUAAGUUGGCAAAAGUUCGAGUCGUGGAGUCUGCGGGAAAAAUGUCGUUGGUUCUUCGAGACGACAUACGCGAAGAACCCUAAAUGGUCCAACGACCAGGUUCGAGAAAGGUACGAUGAUGAAGCCACCGACAAUGCCCGCUUUUCUCACAUCGUAGAACGGCUUCGUAUGUAUGACACCUGCUUUGUUCAGGGCAACUUGAAAAUGGACCAAGUUCUCGUGCCACGGCGCAAUCUGAAAGAUUUCCACUCACGAAUGUUUCCGUUUUUCCCACCAUUCCAAGACCUUAAUGAACUGUGGCCUACUAUCACGCAUUUAAACUCAAAAUCUAAACUGCCCAACGGCGUCAAUCCAGCCUCGAGCAACACAACCUUUAUCAUGGACAACUCAAAAACGUUUUGGGAAAACUGGAACGAUUUCUCAACCGGCAAGGGGCUGGUUUUGACCUUAGGCGAAAGACACAAAGACAUCUUUCUCAGACUCCUGGCAGUUUUAGAUCAUUUGGGGAAUUCAUACCCGAUACAAAUAGUACAGCAAGAGAAUGAGGUAUCACAAGAUUUACUGGAUUCUAUAUCUGAUUUCUUACAAUCCAGUAAUCAAGAGGUAUAUCACGUUAGCUGCGGACCUGUCUUGAAUGUGAACUAUAUUGGCAGGUUAAACUAUUUUGUUAACAAAUGGCUCGCGACCAUUUUUAAUACAUACUCCGAGGUCGUUCUACUAGACGCAGACGUUGUGCCUUUCAUUUCUUUAAACACCUUCUUCGAUGACCCACGAUUUCUAGAGACCGGAGCCUUAUUUUACAAGGACCGCAACUUGCUAAAUGAGUACACCUUCGAUCAUUGUAUCGACAUGUUCAAGUAUCUGGAACCAUCUGCUCAGGCUGUUUUACUAAUGAACCACCGCAUGAAAGUGAACUCCUCAAUAAUAACGCCCACAACUAAUGCCUUCUUUAACGAUGAACAAAAGGUGUACCAACGAUUCUUUUACAGGAAGCUGCUCCACAACGUUGAUAGUGGUUUAGUAGUUCUUAACAAAAGACAAAAACUAACAAGCCUAAUUUUGUCGUUUUUUAUGAAUCUCGACUCUAAAAUUAGCAGCUGUGUUUAUGGGGACAAAGAGCUGUUUUGGUUGGCUCAAUUGUUUAGCGGAAACGAUUAUACUAUAGAUUCCCCAGAUGGAGCUGUGAUUGGAUCCUUGAGAACAGUUGCUGCCGAGGAACCAAAAGGGCAGGUAGAACUUGAGAUUUGUGCUACGCAAAUGGGUCACGUAAACCAGAACAAGCAACUUCUUUGGACCAAUGGUGGUCUGAAGACCUGCAAAGUACCGGAUGCAGCUCGGAGAGACUUUUCAGAAAAGCCGGAGUACUUCGAAUCAAGGUACGAGAGUUUGGAAGCAUUGCGAGACUUGUAUGAAAAACCUCUUGUAAUUGAUGGGUACAUAAUUCCAGAAGUUGCAGCGAGGCCAUGGUUCAAAUCGAAUGAAUGUUGUGAGUAUUCCUAUUGUGCAUCUAUCGAAGUGGACAGUCACAAACCUAUCUCUGACUUUGCUAACUUUGCCAUCUUUGGUGAAACAACUUCGCAGCAACUCAGUUCAAUAUCUGAAAUUUGGAAUGGAAACGUUGAUAUCUAA